GCCUCUUCUUGCAAAAUGACAGCAGGAGUUCAGACGCUCGCUCGAUCUCCCAGUGGCCAACGCACAAGGAGGGAGGAUUGUUCUUCCAAGUGGAAUUUAUCAUAAGAUGUGUUGUGUCAGCUAAAACUCAGGCAAGAGAGACAUCACAAUGACACAAGACUGGCCUUUUGGAAUAUAAAUACUGUACAGUUGUAAAACUGAAGGACAGCAGGGCUUGGAAGGUGAUUUGCAGUUUCAGAAACAGACCUGAAGAUUUUUGGAAAUUGUGAAUAAGGCACGUCAGGAAUAGCUGAAAAUGUGUCCCUUAUAGCAAGAAGGCUUCUAAACUGAUUACAGCAGAAAAAAUUAAGCCUGGAUCCAAGCUGCCUUCGAGAAGAUGCCAAAGCUAAGAAUGAGAGUAAAGGCCUUGAGUCCACACCGCCCAGGCCCACAAGAUGGAUCGAAGGAGGAAGAAGAGGGAAAGCCUCCAGUCACUCAGCAUGGAGUCACUGAGGACUUGGCAAGAUGGCCGACAUGGCCUCAGGUGAAACAGGAACCCGAUGAUAGCCUGUCAGAACAUUUGGAAGCUGAGUGGCAAGCAUUUCUGAAGGCCACCCCGUCCCUUUGGUCCAGAUCUGAACACCCAUCCGUGUCGGAGUGCCCAUUACGGAGCCGCGCAGAGGCUUCGCUCGAGAGAUCCCCUGAGCCGUGCUCGGCUCCUCAAGGGAAACGGGCACCGUCUAGGGGGGCGACCCUUGGCAACGGGGCCCCACAGGCUUCGUGUUUCCUGGACACCAGCGUGGUGGGUUCCUCCAGGAGGUCAGGAGGUGACUCUGUGGGUGGCGAGAUGCAGGACCCACGGCGGUGCUCCCAAGAUGCUGAGGCGCUGGGAGAGAUUUGUGGCAGGCUCCGGGAGGUUUGCCGACAAUGGCUGAAGCCCAGGAUGCCCAGCGAGGAACACAUGCUGGAGCUGGUGAUCCUGGAGCAGUUCCUCUCCGUCCUGCCACCGGACAUGCAGAGCUGGGUCAGAGAGCAGCAGCCGGACGCUUGCCCCCGGGCGGUCUCCUUAGCAGAGGCUUUCCUCUUAAGACGCCAAGAGGAGAAAGAGAAGGAGGAGCUGGAGGUCCCGGGGCCAUUUCGAAUGAGGGCUGUGAAUUUCCCCACCGUGGAGGACACGCUUUCGAACCCGCGGCAGAGGCAUCUCAGCAGGGAGGGAAAGCUGAAGGGAGACGGACUGGAAAACUUGCUGGGCUGGUCAGUUUUUCACAGUGUGAAGAAAUCUGUACGAAACUUGAGAAGCUACUAAACUAGGGUGUCAUUGAAAAAUUUUGGAGCCUCUUAUCAUGAAACCAUCUUCCUGAGCCCUUUUCCAAUGGAUCCCUCGGAUCUCAGUGCUUUUCCUCGAGGUGGAGGAAGCUGUUAGAUGCCAGGAUUUACUCCACUAGAUUUCAGAGAAGGAUAGCCGUGGUAAAACUCUUUUCUCCUAGCUGCCACCAUUCCCCUUCUACUGGUUAAAUUUUGUGAGCACAGAGAACACUCUUAACAUGCCCUUAGAACCUCUUGGUCAAACUGCCAGGGACGAGAUUGAGAAUCCAGGCUUCCCGAAUCUAAUCUCCAGAACAAAAGUCUUUUUGAAAGUUUAUUAGAAAAGAAAAGAAAAUGGAUAAAAACAAGAUGAAGGAUAAAUAUGGCUGAAUGCUAGGAAAUAAAAAAGUCAGAAAAUCAAGAAACAGUCAAUAAGAAACAGGCUUUUGGACAUUAGCAAAGAAAUACUUGCUUUAAAAGAGAAAAGAAUUAAUUUGGCUUGGGGUUACAUUUGCCCUUUCCUUUCCUCCUGCACUGACUUUCUACUAGCCCCCUGUGAGGGUCCGCCUGUUACGUCCUCCCCCGCCCCAAUAAACCAG